AUGAGAGCCUCUUCCCGAUUGCUUGCGCAGGCUUCGCGCUUCCUCACCCCCGGCGCCCCUACUGGCCUGACUGGUGUCUUGACCCAUGCCGCCCCUCGCUCCACCCUCCUCUACCUCUACAACUCGACCCUGGACAAGCUGAAGCAGUUCCCCGAACACUCCGUCUAUCGCCAAUCUGUCGAAGGUCUCACCAAGCAUCGUCUGUCAAUUGUCGAGUCCGUCAAGCCCGAGGGCCUCGAGGAAUGGCAAUCUCGCGUCAAGAGCGUCGUCGAAGCUCACCCCAAUGCCUUCCGUUCAAUCGCAUCGUCAACCAGCAAGAACGAGGUCAACAUUGUCUACAAAGAGACUGCCCUCAAGGGUAUGGAGACUGAGGAUUACGAGGAUGAGCCCAUCCAGAAGCAAGAGCCCGAGGGCCCCAGAAUGCCUCGAAUUACAACAACUAAUCUGUUUUACCAGGNNGUCGACACCAUCGAGCAACAGAUCCAGGCUGGCCUGAUCGAGGAGAUCAUCCUUGUCGCAGAGGCCGAGUCAGCCCUCGUCGACGAAAUGUACAAGAGCAAGGUCUGGGAGGACCUCGAAGAGUCCCCCAACCAGGGCCAAUGGGCAUACUACGAGCGCGAUACCCACACUCCCAAGACCCAGGCACACAACUAA